AUGACGCUAUUGAAUAUUUUUGUUGUGGACGUCUGUCUUCGAGGUUGCACUUUGUGGACGGUCCCUGCGCCCUCGUCUCACACAGAGUCCGCUGCUGUUUGUCCAGGUCAGACGACCCAUCGUUUUGAUGAAAAUGAGGUUGGAGCUCGUUGUCUAUCUUACCACGACAAGAUGAACCUCGUUCUCCUGAUCGCCGCCACGUUCGCUCUUGCUCUUGUUCAGGGGAACAAUCAGCCUUGCCAGAGGAACAGCAACGACAAUGCAUACAACGAAUUUGUUCUGAGACACGUCCUUCAGGAGUCCUUUAACAGAUAUUCAAGGACGGACUGGGCAACGUACAUAAUGAAGUAUGGACUUUGCGACAGGCCGAGGCAGACCUUCAUCAAGGGCAGGAAUCAGGUAGAUUUGGUGCAGACCUGUAACGGCUCCGGUCGCCCGCUGUUAAACAGUUACAACGGUAACUUCUGCAUCAGUUCCAUAACCAUGCAUGUAUAUGAGCUCAGCGUCGACAAGAAUUGCAGAGUUAUAAGUCUAGUGAGACGACGAAGAUAUGUGAUUGUCGCUUGUGACAAAGUUGGAAACCUCUGCAGUCCCGUCUAUUUCGAGAAGUACACCAACCAAAAGCACGACAUGAGUGCUAGACCCUGCAGGCCUUAGAAAAGUCAAGUUCUUGGAGGUUAGAAGACAUUGGAUUCCAGAUAUCAGGCUCAUUAUUGGCCUGACCUCGAAAGCUCUCUGUCAAGCUUAUGUAAAGGAAGUGUUUGGUUUAGCUUACAUAAGAAAACGUUGCCAUAUGUCAUUGUUCUUAAGAUUUUUAAAUUCUAUGUUACACAUUUGAGCCUGGUCAUCAUAACAUCUUGUGACAUGAGCACGACAUAAUCUUGUUAAGCACUUUGGUCAACUAUGGUUUUUUUUUAACAAUCAGAAAUGGAAAAAUGAUUUUAAAAAUUCCUCUUAGUUACAUGGUGGAGAUGAGUCACAGUAUAAUAUUAAACACAUUUUCCUCU